GGGCAGCUGCUCGCCUUCCCGGUGCUCGACCUGCGCCGCCGCCGCCUCCCGCUCCGAGCCUACGUGGCCGGGCUGGAGGAGCUGGUGCUGCGGCUCUGCCGCCGCCUGGGGCUGGGCACCGCCCGCGCCCUCCCGCCGCCCUUCACCGGCGUCUGGAUGGGCGACAGCAAACUCUGUGCCAUCGGUGUGCACUGUGGGAACCACAUCACCUCGCACGGGCUGGCCCUGAACUGCUGCACCGACCUCAGCUGGUUCCAGCACAUCGUGCCCUGUGGGCUGGAGGGGAAGGGGGUCACCUCCCUGAGCCGCGAGCUGGGCCAGCACGUCACCGUCAGCCACGUCCUGGAGCCCUUCCUCGACUCCUUCCAGGAGGUGUUUGGCUGCUCUUUGGUCUCCUCGGAAGAUUCCGGACAUUAGGAUCGUGUUGGUGCCUUGGGCGGGGUUUUGGCAGAGCCACAGUCCAGAGUGGAGGGCAGGGCAGCCCGGGGAUGCUCUGCUGUCAGAUGGGAGCUCUGUGCCUUUGGGCUGUGAGUGAACAGUGGCACAGAGCUUCAGGCUGCUGCUGGAACACCCAAACUGCCCUGGGGCCGCUCUCUCCAGCCCUCAGCCCUCAGUGACACCUCCACGGUACCACAUCCCCGUGGCACUUGCUGGGGAAACACCAAACAGGUGCUKUGGUGGGGUUUCUCUGCUUUUUGCCCCACAAAAAUUAUAAGUCUGGGUGAAUGCUCAGAAUGAGCCCUUUGGACAGGAGGAGGGGCGACUGGUGGGUGGAGCAUCCUUCCCUCGCUGAUGGGUAAAAGGAUUUUAUACAUAAAGAGAAUUGAUAGGAACUUUGGCUG